GCAUUUUAAAUGACUCGGAGCACGCCCCUAACACACGCGAUGGGACCGGAAAGUUUGUCGUCCGCUCAUCUCCCAGGAAAUAGAGACGUGCGCUCGUCUGUGCGUCUUUAAAGCCAACAGAGAGGAGCAGCGAUCGACCCGGCUGGUUUGUUUUGAACAGCACCGAGGUUUCUGGUCUCAUCUGGCGUGUCCGUGUUGCCGUCUGUUAUUAUCCCAUCCAUCUCCCCGUGUAUCUCAACCCCUUCUUGAGCGGCUUGUCCGGCCGUACGAGCCGCCUCCCGUAUUCAGGCGCUGCUCUGGGGGUCCGCAGGUGGAGCUUUCUUCUUCUUUUUCCCUUGCUUGGUGCUUCUGUGCUGAGAGCAGGUGAUGGGAGAGGGGGGUGAAGGAGGAAGUGAAGCUGGCCGGGCUUGCUCUGCUCCAUGCCUCCUUGUUGGGUCUCUCUGGAAGGAUGUUUGGCUUUUGAAUGUUGGCGGCUCUUCCAUUCUUCCCAUCUCUCAUCGAACUGCAUGUAAAGGAAUGGUUUCAUUCACUGAUGUUUAUUGGAGGGGGGUAAAGGACAUUGAUGUCCUCCCGCUCGUUGCCAAGGUUCAUCUGGACGCUUUGAUUUGGUGGCAAGAAUGGUUUCUAAUUGUGGCACUUAAGGGUGCGUGCUUCUGGGCCCCAUGGCCGUGGAGAUGGAUGUGUUGGCUGCGAACAGCAGCCGGGUUGUGUUGCUUUAGUAGAGCUGGAACAUGAUGGAGAACAGUGCUGGUGUGGUUGGAAAGCACAGCUGUGUAGUGGGGAGCAGAGCAGCGUGUCGUGGCUGCUCAGUUUGCCCCCAUGCACAGCAGCAGUGCGGUGUUUUGAUGGGCUUCAGGUUCCUAAAGAACAAAUUCAAGGCCUUUAACAAACACUGGAAAUGAAGAAGAACGUUUGCAGAUGACGUUUUCAGCUCUGCCUUCUUGACAGCCUGCUUUCCUUCUUGUUUUCUUCCCUGUUUUCCUGUUGGAAGCAGCGGGCACAGAAGCUCACGCUGGCUCCAGCUGAGUGCUUGCUGUUGGCCCUGAGCCUGUUGCUAAAGAUGGACCCUCAGCAGGCUCCUCUGUCGUUGCUUUCCUUGUUAGUUUCUAUUUCCCUGUGUCUGUGCCUUGGCUCAUCUUGCAGUCGUCUCUCUCAGCUGAACUCCACCAUUGCGUUCGUUUUCCUGGCUGGAAAGUGGAAUAAAAGACAUUAGAGAGAUGGAGAAGAGCCUAUUGCAGGUCGUGGCUGUUCCUUUCCCUGGGGACAGCUCCGGAUUGCUUCCAGCAGGAUAUUUUCAGAUGCUUUGUCCAACCUCGUUUCAAAUGUCUCGAGUGGCCGGGAUUCCAUUCCGACUGCCAGCUCACAUCUGAAAGUGGAAUACAGGAGAUAGAAUUCACUCUUUCCUGGGUGAAUUCCCCCACCUGGAUGCACACGGCUGUAUUUUUUACCCCUAUCUUUAGCAGCUCUGUUGCUAUAAACCCACCUGUGCGGUACUCGGCUUCACCAAAGCUCCCUUAAGGACUCAACAGAGAGCAUCAGUGGGCAGACAGAGGGAGAAGGGGGUGGACUUCAAGCAACACAGCCCUAUGGGACAAGGAGCUUGUUAUGGGAUCGUCCAGGUUCCUACUGGGCCGUGGUUCUGUCGGAAAUGUGAAUCUCAAGAGAGAGCCGCCAGGGUGAGAUGUGAACUGUGUCCCCACAAAGAUGGAGCCUUGAAACGGACCGACAACGGAGGGUGGGCCCACGUUGUGUGUGCUCUGUACAUUCCCGAGGUGCAGUUUGCCAACGUCGCUACAAUGGAACCUAUUGUGUUGCAGUCCGUCCCACACGACCGCUUCAACAAGACCUGCUACAUCUGUGAGGAGCAGGGAAGGGAGAGCAAAGCAGCCUCUGGUGCUUGCAUGGCAUGCAACCGGCACGGCUGCCGGCAAGCUUUCCACGUCACCUGUGCCCAGAUGGCCGGGCUCUUGUGUGAGGAGGAAGUCCUGGAAGUUGACAAUGUCAAGUAUUGUGGCUACUGCAAGUACCACUUCAAUAAGAUGAAGACCUCACGACACUCUGCAGGCAGCUCUUUCAUUGCUGGGAGGAGGAGUCGGUCCACGUCCCCCACCCAGGAGAAGCACCUGUCCCACCACGAAAGGCCAAAGAAGAGUCGUAAGGACAAAGAAAGACCUAAACAGAAGCACAAAAAAAGGCCAGAAUCUCCCACCAGCCUUCCAACACCCACGGUGCCCAUCGCUGCAGAAAAGGGCUCCAGCAGCCACCAUGAGGGGAGCAAAGAGACCUCAGAGGUCGGAAGAUCAGAGGUGAAAGGCAAGAAGUCCUCGAGCCAUGGCAGCAGCCACAAGGGGAAGAAGACGGGAAGCGGGAAGAGCUCGGCUGGGUUCAGCUCUGCAUCUUCCAGCAGCACCUUCCAGCCUGCAGGCACCUCCUGCAGCUCCUUGCAAUGCUCCCAGGAUUUCGUGGCAUUCCCCAAGUUAGAGCAGGACGACGAGAAGUACCGCAAACCCGUCUCCUCCUCUUCGUCUUCCCAUUGCUCCCCGCUGUACGAAGGCCAGAAGGGGGACAUCUUCGAGCAGAAGGUGAUCUUCUCAGGCUUCGGGUCCAUCAUGCGCUUUUCCACCUCUGCUGUGAGCCAGCCGAGGGGCCGUGAUGCUUCCCCUGUGGACUACAAAGCCUCAAACCCCAUCAGUGGCCCUUCUGCACCGGGCAGCAUUACCACAAGCAGCAGCCACAAGAGGAUGCCAUCCCUCAGCAUGGAAGAGGGAGAGGUGCUAAAGGAAAAGAAGCACAAAGGCAGCAAGAAAAACAAACACGGGCCUGGAAGGCCAAAAGGGGGCAAAAGCAAAGAGAUGUUGGGUGCCCAGCUGGCUGGGUCCACAUCCACGUCCUCGUCGCCGUUCUCCGGGGGGUCUCUUGUCAGCUCCAGCAUCAGCAACAAUUCACGGCCCUUCAGCCACACGGGGAACCUGCCCAGCCUCAGCAUGGAGUCCCCACUGCUGAGUUCAGGGAUCUACACCAGUAACAAGGACCCUAUUUCCCAUGGGGGUGGAGUGCUCCGGGCUGUGUGCAGCACACCCCUCUCCUCCAGCCUGCUGGCACAUCAGGGCACAGCAUCCAUCCCACCGCUCAACCGCUCUCCUUUCGCAAGCACCAUCCCCACCUCCUCCUCCUCCUCCGUCUCCACCACGCAGGUGUUCUCGCUGGCAGGUUCCACGUUCAGCCUCCCUUCCUCACAUAUUUUUGGAAGCCCCCUCACAUCUGGGCUGUCCAUCAACCCGCUCUUAAAUCAGUCGGAAAGCAGCCGGGCAGAGCCCGACCUGGAGGAUUGCAGUUUCGGCUGCCGAGGGACUUCGCCCCAGGAGAGUCUCUCUUCCAUGUCCCCCAUCAGCAGCCUGCCGACCCUCUUUGACCAGACGGUGUCCUGCAGCAGCAGUGGGCAGCUGGAAAAUGUCCCCCAGGCCACCCCCAACAUCGAGCAGCUGCUGGAGAAGCAGGGCAAUGGAGAGGCUGGCGUCAACAUUGUAGAGAUGCUCAAAGCUCUGCACUCACUGCAGAAGGAGAACCAGCGGCUCCAGGAGCAGAUCAUGACCCUGACGGCCAAGAAGGAGCGUUUGCAGCUCCUCAAUGUCCAGCUCUCUGUCCCUUUCCCAGUGGUGACCAGCAGCAAUGGGCCGGGCAGCCAAGCUCACUACAUCCUGCCCACCAACGUGUGCAACAACGAUUCCCUGAGCAUCAGCAAGAGCCCCCCGUGCAAGAACAGCUUUGGGAUCGAGAACUCGCUCUCCACUUCCUCUGAGGACCCACAUUCAGGUUGCCCCAGCAGGAGCAGCUCUUCCCUGUCCUUCCACAGCACUCCUCCGCCCCUGCCCAUGCUGCAGCAGAGUCCUGCCUCGCUACCCCUUCCCGGGGUGCAGCAGGUGAAUGGCUUGGCCAGGGUGGCAGGCAGCGGGCUGGGGGGUGGCACCACUGCCAACCACAGCCUCUCCACUGUGCCUAUGGUGGACGGCCUGAUGGGGACCGUGGCAGGAGGUCAGCAGAUGCCCAUCAACGGGAUCCUGGGGAAUCUGAACGGAGCUCAGGCCGCCCAGCCUCCAAGCGCGCUGACGCAGGCGAGCGGCCCUCCAACCUUGCAGCUCUCCACCAGCCUGAGCAGCAUGCCGAGCCUGAGUCCCCUGACAGAGCAGCAACGGCACGUCUUGCACCAACACGAGCAGCAGCUCCAGCAGCUCCAGCAGCUCCUGACUUCUCAACCUCUUAAUCCGGAGCAGCAGGCCCUGGUGUUCCAGAUGAUGCAGCAAAUCCAGCAGAAGAGGGAGCUGCAGCGGCUGCAGAUGACGAGCUCAUCCCAGCUGUCCAUGAGCAGCCUCCUGGCAGCCACCUCCACCCCCCUCCUCCACUCCAGCACCAGCGCCCCGAUGACCUCGGCCCCCCAGCCGCCCCCCAACAGCAGCUCCCUCAUGGCUUCCCUCUCCCCCCAGCAGCUCAACCCUAGCAAUGCCCUCCUGGCUCCAUCACAAGCCACCCCACCGCUCAGCGCUCCUGGGAGCAGCCUCAUGGCUUCGGGGACAGGCAUCCCUCCCGUCCUCACAGCACAGACUAACCCGUUUCUCAACCUGCAGGCUGAUGGCAACACCCCAAAAGGAACGAGCAUGAAUGAAAAGGGAGCUCCUCUUACCCAAGACAAGGGCUAAGCUCCCUCUCACCCUGAACAAACCAGCAGCCAACUCCUCUCAACCAAGGGGGAAUGUGGCUUUCCACAGUCAGCAGCUUUGGUACUGUUAGAGCAAAUGAGCACAAGGCUUCUGAGAAGCAUUUCCUGCCACUGGGCAAUGCCAAGAGGUGCUUUGGAAGACAGUCCGUCUCCGACCAAGCCCUGCUAUCAGGAGGAGCAAAGGUUGGGGGGGGGGAAAGGGCAGCUUGCCACGCUGCUCCGUGCCCCACAUGCUCAGAGUGAAGCUGUGUUUCCAGACAGAGUAGAGGAGAGUUAACACCACGUGCCACCACCUGCUCCCUGCUAUGAGCACAAGCGUGUGGUCUGAGUGUGCACUGAGAAGCACGGAGCAUCCUCGGCCAAGAGCUUGGUGGAGGAAAGGGGGGCAACCCCUGCUGAGGACACUGGUGUGCAGUGCAAAGGGAUAUGGAGGUGCCCUCGGAGGCAGCGCUGGAUGUGACCCACCUGGGGAUGCUGUGGUUGUACCUACAUGGGCUGCUCCUCCCUGCUGGGGAAGUGAAGAAGCUCCAUAGCUGUGAUUUCUCGCCUGCUGGGCUCUUAUAGAUGCUCUUUGUAGCCAUCGUCCGACUCCCCUGCACCUCAGCUGGAUGCAGCCCCAGCCUGAAGGACACGGGUGGUGGAGUGAUGGGUGAGGAGCGGUGCUUGGAGAGCUGCAAGCUGCUGUAAAGGACACGGCCACGUCUGCUCUGCCAGCUGCUGGUGUGUCAGUGCUGUGCUUGGGGAGUGAAAAGCACAUUCCUGCUCCUCGUGCUGCCUCUCUUUCAUUCUAAGAUGUCCCAAACCUGAUGUUCAGCUCACAAAGAGGGGCUGUGGUCGGUGUUAUCCCAUCACAGCCAACUCCUGAAGGUGCAUUGAACCUGGCUCUUCCAUCGCAAGCCUCAGCUGGGUGGUGGCAAUGUGUGUGUAUGGAAAAGGCAGCCCCAGUUGUGGUUUCUCCUUUCCCCACCACAAAUCAUUCCAGUCUGGCAAAAAAAAAACAAACCUACCCAGCCAAGAAACAGCGUUCUUCCAUUGGUCUUAGGCACUGAGAGAGGGGAUCUCCAAGCAACGGGGCAGUCAAUGAGCUCCCACGUUGGGGCAUCGGACCCUUUGUUCUCUUCCACCUUUUGACCUUAACUCCAUCUCACAGCCUGGAACCUCAGCGAGGAGCUUCUGAUUUCAUGGAUGGAUGGAUGGAUGGAUGGAUGGAUGGCAGGGCAGGUGGGGCUGCUCUGAGAGAGGGGAGCAUUACAUCAAACAUGCAUCUACCCCUUCUUUUCCUCUUCCCAACUCUCCUGGUUGGAGGUGGGGGGGGGACAGGUGUGAAGACUCCAGCAAACAGAAGCUCCAAGGGUCUUAAAGUGUAACAUGUGGGCAGACCUGGAUCUAUUUCAGCACAUUCCCACUGCCCCCAACUGGUUUGCACUAUUCGAAUUUACCAGCAGUGGGUCUGUGCUGAUGGGAAUAGAAGGCUGGUGGUGGGGCAGAUCUCAUCCGUCAUGUCUUUCUUCCUUUCUUUUUUAAGGGGGGGGGUUUGGUUUGUUGUUUUCUGUUUGGGAAAUGAUCGCCCUGAGGGUUGGAUAAAGCUAAAAAGCAGAAGGAGAAGCUCCAUUCUGAUCUCCCAGUCUAUGAAGGCUCAGAAAUGGCUUGGAUAGAAUUCUGCUUUUAUUCUUUAAAGCUGAUGUUUGAACAAGGUUAAGAAGCUGUCGGGAGGAUGGGGAUGGCAGCAAACAGUGAAAGCAGGAGGGAAAGUAAAACACAAGGACAAAAUGUGCCCCCUCCUCAUCAUCCCUAUGGCUCAGCCCUGGCACAGAGCACUUCCUCCCCAUUGCAUCUAUUGGGGCUGGGGGUCCAACUGCAGCUGUGAGCUCUACAGCUGCAAUGCCUGAUGCUGCUGGGCUCACCUGGGGCUCUGAUUCAAUUCUGAUACUUGUUUUUCUUCUGUUUUUGGGGUUUAUUCCCACUGGGAGGUCCCUAUGGGGGCUGCCCACUGCCCAGUCUCAUGCAGGCUCUUGCAGAGCAUCACCACGUUCCAGCUUUGCAGGGAAGACCUGGAAGCAGGAAGGGAGCAGGGCAAGAGAGGGCUGAUGGCUUCCAUCAGUGUGGCUGUGAGCAGAGCAAAUCAAAGCCUUGCUUGGAUCCGUGGGUCAGCACCCCAAGGCUGAGCACCAGCAGGAACCCAAAGGGGUCAGGAAAGGUUGAUGGGGAAAGGUGAGAGCCCCGCAGAUAAAGCACUUACACAUUCCUCGGGGCUCUUCCAGAGGUGCUAAAGGGCACCCCCUGCACCCUGAGGUCCCUUUGGGGGGGGUGGGGGGUCAGCACAUGGCUGUGAAGAGAGGA